AUGUCUUCGAAGGAGAAGCCAGUCUCUGAAAACUUCAAGUCAACUGCCGACUUAACAAGCAAUGUAGGAUUCCAGUCGUCUCUCAGCAUCGAGUCAAAGGAUGCUUGUCAGGAGAAGGCAUACAAUCCAUUCGAACAUAGACAAGUGGAACAUCCUACAACUACAUUUGGUGCCAUAGCUCAUAUCUUGAAAGCAUGCAUAGGGACAGGAGUGUUGGCUAUGCCUGCAGCAUUCAAGAACUCAGGGCUCGUCGCAGGUGUUAUAGGAACAUUAUUCGCUGGACUGGUCUGCACCCAUACAGUACAGCUUGUGGUUUCAAUAUCGCAAAAGGUUUGCACCGAAGCUAAAAAGCCUUCGAUGAGUUUUGCGGAGACUUGCGGCGCGGCGUUCGAAUUUGGACCUAAAAAACUUCGCUCAUGGAGCUCCUUUGUUAAGACAUUGAUUGAUUACUCUAUAGCGGUUACUUACAUUAGUGUUCUAUGCGUCUAUGUAGUUUUCAUGGGUUCAUCGUUCAAAGAGGUCGUCGACUUCUACUUUCCAUCUGUAACGAUUUCUAUUCAGAUGUACUGUGUUUUAACGUUAGUACCUUUAGCAUUGCUAUGUCAGAUACGGAAUCUGAAGUAUCUGGUACCUUUCUCUACAAUAGCUAACAUCUUAUUGUUAGGUGUAUUUGGUAUCACACUCUACUACGUCUUCUUAGACCUACCACCGAUCACAGACAGAGAAAUGGUAGCUAGCAUUACCACCUGGCCCCUGUUUAUGAGUACCGUUAUCUUCGCUAUGGAAGGUAUCGGUGUGGUAAUGCCAGUUGAGAAUGAGAUGAAAAAUCCUCAGCGAUUCUUGGGCUGUCCUGGAGUAUGGAACACAUCUAUGGUUAUCGUAAUAUCUCUAUUUGGAGUUGUUGGUUUCUUUGGUUACGUCCAAUAUGGUGAUGCAGCUAAAGGCAGCGUUACCCUGAAUUUGCCUGAGGAUCAUGUGAUUGCUCAAGCCACAAAAGUGCUAAUGGCGGUGGUUAUAUUCUUCUCAUUCGCUCUACAAUUCUACGUGCCAAUGGAGUUCAUAGGUAGAUUACUGAAGAGCAGACAGUCCAAUAGAUAUGACAAUAUUAUUCAGAUUAGUAUUAGAACGGUCAUCGUGACUGCAGUUGUUGGAAUCGCCGCCGCGUUCCCUAAUUUGGAACUUGUGAUCAGCUUCGUUGGAGCUAUCUUCUUUUCAUCACUCGGCCUCCUGAUUCCAGCAACCAUUGACACAGUUUACAAUUGGGACCGUGGUUUUGGAUUCCUUAAAUAUAGGCUGAUCAAAAACAUUCUUAUUUGUAUCAUCUCCAUAGUGGCAUUGAUUUCAGGAGCUUAUGUGUCCGUUGUAGGAAUGAUUGAAGAUUUUUCUAAGGAACCGGAACAUGUUAAUACCACUUUUGUUUAA